ACAAUCACCUACAGUUCACUUCAGCCACUAUUUACCUGUUUUUCAAUGCAUUGUUUUUCUCCAAGCAUCCCGAAGUAAUGAUAUCUAUGUUGGAGGUAUGCGUGUGUGAGUUUGUGUGCUUUUAAACGAAGACUUCCGAGCUUCCGUUUAAACAUCAUUAUGAUGGCACAUAGCAUUUUGUGGUAUAAAUGUGGCUGUGGUUUGCAUCUAGAUUUACUACAGCAGUGACCAGCGGAGUUAAACGUGGAUUACAUAAAACGAACGCAACAUCGACAGAGAUAAAGAAGGAAAGCAAUUCCAAAAAUGUUUUUCAAAGUUUUUUUAGUGUUCUUUAUCGCGUAUGUGGGUAUUUUAGAAGGUACGCCACCUCCAUCGCGUAGUAAUAAAAAUCCUCAAAAGGAAGAUUUACAUCCAAUGCAUUCACAUAUGAUAACGAUAGAACGUUUGGAGGCACUUUUAAGGAGGGCAAGUGAAAUAUUCAAACCCCAUCUUGAUGCCAAACAAAUUGAUCUGCCUUCAUCAGAAAGCCAACAAGUUGCAGUGCCUAUGCAAUAUAUGCAGCCGCCCAGUCAACCUUAUAACUUCUAUUUACCAUUAUUCGAUUAUGACGAUAGUGAAGAAACCCAUCAAGUGAAACAACUUGAUGGCAAAAGUCGUAAAAUGGAUAUGUUUAGCCCACCUCCCAAGCCUAAAGACUCAGACUCUGUUGCUAAGAAUUUUUAUGAUACAAAACCUAAAAAAUCUCCUAAAAAAUUUAAUGCUGCCAACAAACACAUCAACAUCAAAUGGCUGAAUAACUAUGAAAAGCAAUUAUCAUCGCCUGGCAAUAAACAAGCCAUGCAAGUACCUAAAGAUGUAUACCUGAUGAACGACGAACGCAAUCGCAUCAACUUUGAUGACACUUUUUUCGCUGUGGAUAUGAAGGUUCCUGAUAGAACCAAUAAACUCGACAACAAACCUCAAAACGAUGCGGAGCAUGGUCAACAUGAGGAUUAUCUUAAUCAGGGCGAAGAGGAUUUAAUAGCAGCAGCUGCAAUCCAAAUACCACUAAUUACAGAUUUUACUUCCUUAAGGCGAUUGUAAAUUUUAUGCAAAGAAAAUAAAAUUUAAAGUCAUUUAACUUAUAAAAUGUACAUAUAUACACAACUUCUUUAAUGAUCCAAAUAUAUUUGUAAUGUAUAAUAUUUAG